AUGGUUCAGGACUCCUUUAACGCUGCACCAGCGCCGGCUGCGCUUGUAUAUGAGGGUCACAACUGCCUACGGGAGCGUCUUUGUUUGUCAGUUUUGUCCGGUAAGGACAUUUGGGUGAGACACAUUCGGGAGGAUCCUUCCGUUAUUGAUGCCGCUGAUGGAGCCGCUGCCGCCCUCCCUGGGCUGCAGCAGCACGAAGCCAGCUUUAUUAGACUGCUGUGCAAGGUUACUGAAGGAUCGGAGGUUUACAUACACCCGACGGGGACGUCGCUGCGAUUCCGGCCGGGGUUGCUCCUGGGGGUGCGUGCUGGAGCAACCCACACAGCAGUAGGCCAGUCCAAUGCUGCUGCUGUUGCUGCUGCUGCGCCUGUGGUGCACAACUGUCACGAAAGCAGAGGUAUCAGCUACUACCUCGAGCCGCUGCUGUACCUUGCCCCCUUUUGCAAAUACAGAAUGUCUGUGCUGCUACGUGGCGUAACUGAUGCAGCAGCAGCAGACGCUUCUGUAGACUUCCUGCGGCUGCAGCAGAUCCCGCUGCUGCAGCAGCUGCUGAAGCAGUGGGGCGGUGCAGUUGCGGCUGCUGCUGCUGCUUCUCCUCCAGAGAUAAAGGUACACUGCAGGGGGCUUCCAGGCUCUCCCUUUGGCGUUAUUACGUUCAAGGGGCCAGAGGUGGCGCGCGGCGAUUUGCAACCAUUUACCCUUGCGGGUGCUGUUGCUGCUGCUCCCGUCAAGCGUGUUAGGGGAGUGGCUUUUGCGGCUGGAGCUUCUGCUGCAUUCCCGCGACGAGCCGUUUGUGCAGCUAGGGGCCUCCUCAACAUGCUGCUCCCCGACGUUUGGGUGUACGUUGAGGACGCAUUAAAAAUAGGGGGCGGCGGCGUCAAAAGAGCAGCAGCAGUGGCUGCUGCUACUGCGGAAGGCAAGGGUGACACGCAGCAGCACCAGCUGCAGCAGCUGUUGCACGAGCAGAAGCAAAAACUCAAGUCCAGCAAGGUUGCUGCUAUGGGGAUGGUUCUGGUGGCUGAGAAUAUAAAGGGAGGCUGCAGGGCUGCAGGGGACGCAAUAUUCCUGGACCCAGUAGCAGCAACAGAUGCAGCAGCAGCACCACCAAGUGCCGCUGAUACAGUGGCAGCAGCUUCCCGGGCCACAGGCAAUGUCAAGCUGCAGCACCUGCUGCAGGCUGAAGCUGCAACAAAAGCAGCGGCAUCAACAGAAGAAACACUAGCUACUCCAGAGGAGCAACUGGGAUUGCGUGUGGCGAGGCUGUUACUACUGCAGCUGCUGCUAGGAGGCGCUGUGCCCCCACGCGGCCAGAAGAUGGCACUGUUGUUUGCUGCACUAGCCGGUGACCAUGCCCCGUCGAAGGUUUUGCUCUCUCGCUUGACUCCAUCAACUGUUGGUUUCCUGCGGCUGCUGCGGGACUUCUUUGGAGUUGCCUUUACUUUUGAGCAGCAGGAGCAGGGGACGAAGGAGCAACUUCAGCAACAGGAUUCGGACGAAGAUGGUGAAGACUUCUCCAACACUAAGCGCGACGAGCCCCUAGACCUUUCGUGGGCUCCCCAAGUACUCGCUAGCUGCGUCGGUAUUGGUUAUAAGAACACGAACGUUAGCAGCUUCUAG